AUGAUUCCAAACUCGUGGAGCAAAGACUUGUACUGCUCAAAUUUGUGUCUGGAGGGAUGCGUCGCCAAAGCCUCUCCAUUUCACCCAAGUCCCAAGGUAGAUGCGCCAGACCUGUAUCUCGGAGAGAAAGAAGCAGUCUCGCGUCUGAUCCACUUCCCCGUGCGAAGGCUGAGGAGGAAAUCUAAAGGGGCCAGAGCAGACGCCAUCGUGAAAGACUCUGAGGCAAACGCUCAAGAGAUUCUACCAGAAGGCACGAAUACUAGUACAACCCUACAACCAAGUCCUUACCAGCUGGAGAUGUUCAGACUACAGAACCAGUACCAGCACUGGGAGCAGGUCCAAGUGAAAGAAGCAUCAAACCGGAGAAGUCCAGCCUUGAGCAGCAGCGUGGACACCAUUUUCAAAACCGAACAAGAACCACGUCUGUAUCAUCCAUACUUUUCUCCUUACGCCGGCGUGACGUACCCCACGUUUCAGACCGACGCCAUCUCCCUCGUGGUUCACAAGGAUAGAUCUGUGCCCAUCUCGCCAUACUCUAGCGAUGCAAAUGAUCUGAACCAAGGUACCAAGAUGUCUGCAAAAAGUCAGCAGAAGAGUGAUGUGGAAAACUGGCAACAGCAAAUGGUCGACAAGUCCUGGUAUGUUCUGAAACAAAAGUCAAAACUGGAUGCUGUGAACCACACAAAAAGUUUACCCAUUUCUCGUGUGAGGCAUCUGGGAGCGUCCGGCGGAGUCUACAGCCUCAAUGAAGGGCUGACUACAAACCACCUGAAGAAAGCCAAGCUCAUGUUCUUUUACACACGCUACCCGAGCUCCCAUGUGCUGAAGAUGUGUUUCUCCGAUGUGCAGUUCACGCGCUGCAUCACGUCUCAGCUCAUCAAGUGGUUCAGCAACUUCAGGGAGUUCUUCUACAUCCAGAUGGAGAAGAGUGUGCGGCAGGUCGUCCUCCAGGGAGAGCCCGACGGAGACACGCUGACUGUGGGCAGAGAAUCACAGCUUUUCAGAGUCCUCAACAUGCACUUCAACAAGACCACCCACUUCCAGGUGCCCGACAGGUUCCUGGAGGUUGCAGAGAUUACACUGAGGGAGUUUUACGCAGCCAUUUGUUUGGGGCGAGAUCGAGACCCGUCCUGGAAAAAAGCCAUCUACAGGGUGAUCAGCAAACUGGACAGUGACGUCCCAGCACAGUUCAUGUUGGCCUGA